AUGGCGGCCCCGCUGAAGAGACACGGCAGCUUGGCGGCUAGUGCCGCCUUUGAGAGACCGAUCCAUUUCUCAAUCCUGACCCUCCUCGAAUCCGGUCUUGCUAUCGCAGCAUGGGCAAAGUGGUCGUCUCCAGACCAAGGCUCCCACGAUGAAGGCUACCAACUGGCAACCUUUUCUUCGCCAAGCCCCCACUGGAAACGACGCAUCCAGGCCAGCAUAGAUUUUACCUUUCUCCCGGUCUUUAUCACUCUGUAUUUGGUCGCAUUACCCACUGCCAUCAGCCUUCAACAGCCACUCGGUGACCAGACCCGCUCCCGACGCUGCUUCAGCGCACCUCACAUUCGCUACUUGUUCAUCGCCGUCGUCUGGGCCUGCGCCGCGAGGUCCACGCUCGCUCUGUCAACACAGUCCGCUGGCGCAAUCUGCCCGCCGGGUCCCCUCCGAUGGGAACGACAAAUACCACUAGCUCAGAUCGUGACCGUCGCGCUUGAUGCCUUCCUGCUGGUCCGCCUCUCGAGAUGGCGACAAGAGACGGCAGAGGAUGCGCCGCAGGCAUGGGCAUUUGCCUCGCGUUUGUUCCUGGGGUCGGCGGGCGCGUUAGCCAUCCUCGCGUGCUUCUCAUUUUAUAACCUGCGCAACAUCAGGUGGGCGUUCGUGCUACACUACGUUGCCGUUAGAGAUUUGGUGAUGGAUAGCACGGUGGUCUCCGUCGCGAUUCUCUCGGGUUUCUACGCCAUGACUGAUCUUCACCCGAGCACUUUGGCCAUGGUCACAACGGCCUCUGGCGUCUACGCGCAUCAGAUCUUCCGCAUGCUUCAGACGUCUGCACCAGUGGACGACUCCCUCCUUUACAUGGUUUCCGGUGGAGUCACCAUAGCAGGAGUUGGGCUUCUGCUUCGCUACGACAGGGACAUUUCUGGAAUGUCAGGGCCCGGCGCCGACAAUCGCUUGGUGAGAUUUUUGACAGGUUGGUACGUUGUUCUUGUUGGGUUUCUGUGCGGCACAUAUCUCGUCUUCUACCCCGACUUUGCCUCCAUCGACACCCUUUCUCUCCCGGAUCUGUUGUCUGUUGAACACGCCAAGUCGGACAAUUGGACGGUACAGGCAAAUCAGAGCAGAACGUUGGAUGAAGCAGUCCGAAACUACCGCGUUCGCUACGGCAUGCCGCCUCCGCCAAACUUUGACAAAUGGUUCGAGUACGCCAUGGGAAACGGGUCCCCCAUCAUCGACGACUUUACUCAAAUUAACGACGACCUGUUGCCGUUCUGGGGAGUACAGCCAGAAGUUCUCAGACAGAGGACGAGCCAUGUUUUGGAGCUGCCGUGGCUCGGCAUGGGAGGUCUUCGCAUCCGCGGAGGCAGGAUAGGCAUCUCCCCUGGCACUCCUGGAUCACACAUGUGGAUGAUGGAGUCGAUGCAGGAAAUGAUUGAGCCGUUUGCACAGUAUCUCCCCGACAUGGACUUUGCAAUCAAUCUCAACGACGAGUGCCGCGUCGCCAUCCCGUUCGAAGACACCCAGGCCCUACAAAACGUCGGCCUUGACUCGAGAGCCAGAUUGCUCAGCAAGUCAGCGCUAAAGCCGUUCGACACCUCGAGACAGCUCUGGCCCAACAACGACACCGUUCUCGGCCCCAAGGUCAAGUCACCUUACUUUGCAGACCACAUCCGCGACGAGAUCUACUACGACUUUGUCGCCCCGGCCUGUCCCCCAGACUCGCCCGCGCGCAACACCCGCUGGUGGUCCCGCCGCGAAUCCUGCCGCGACUGCCUCCUCCCGCACGCCGUUCGCGUAUACGAAAACGGGCUGGAGAACUACCCCGUGGUGUCCAACUGGACCUCGGCCACCGACCUCUGCCACCAGCCCGACCUGGCCUACCUCCACGGAUUCCUGCUGUCGCCCGCCGCGGCGAUAUUCACCAAGACGCCGUUUCCGGUAUUCAGCCAGAGCAAGACGUCCGGGUUCGCGGACAUUCUGAUACCCUCGCCGUGGAACUUUGACGACAAGGCGGGAUACGACGAGGAGUCGGACGUGGAGUUUGAGAGCAAGGAGAAUGUCAUGUUUUGGAGGGGGAGUGCCACGGACGGCUACGCUGCCAGGGGUUCGUGGCAGAGCUUCCUGAGAGCGAGGUUCGUCGCGGCUGCAAACAUGUGGAAGAACGCAUGGACGAUGUCGUCCGCGUCGUCCGCUACCGCCGUUGAGGGAGAGAUCGUGAGAUCAGACGCCGGGCCACGUUUCGACGUCGGCUUUGUUGGGGACUGGAGGAAGUGCCACGAAGGCGACUGCGACGCCGAGAGGGACACCUUCUGGGGCGGCCACGACGAGCCGACGAAGAACAAGGUCAAGUUCCAGGAGCACUGGAAAUACGCCCACCUCAUGGACCUCGACGGUGCGGGAUUCAGCGGGAGGUUCAUACCGUUUCUGCGGAGCAAGAGCCUCGUCUACCGGAGCGGCGUCUUCCGCACCUGGCUCGCGGAGCGGGUGCACGCGUGGCGCCACUACGUGCCCGUGGACGUGCGGCUCCACGAGCUGAAGGGGCUGCUGUGGUUUUUCGGGGCCGACUACGAGGGCAAGAUCCGGGCGGCGCAGAUUGCGGAGGAGGGCAGGGUCUGGGCUGCGCAGGCGUUGCGCAAAGAGGAUAUGAGGAUUUACAUGUUUCGGUUGUUGCUGGAAUGGGGACGGUUGGUGGACGACGGAAGGGAGGAGCUUGGGUUUGCGUGA